AUGCGUUCUAAACUGGAGGCAAAGUUCGUGGCUUUUGCGACCCUACUGUCGCUGGCAGCGGCAGGUCUUCAAGAGGCGCCAACGCCUCUAGUCUUCGAAGUGCAACCGUUACAGCAAAAGCAAGUGGUGCUCCCCUACAGUUUCGGUUACCAAUUAACUGACACCCACUCAGACCAGCACAGGCACGAGAAGAGCGACGGUCUCGGUACCGUACAGGGCAGCUAUGGAUACACUGAUGCCUGGGGCCACUUUAGACAGGUGGACUACGUCGCUGACAAAUGGGGUUUUCGUGCCAAAGUGCACACGAACGAGCCCGGCACGGCCAGCAAACACCCCGCCCAUGUACAGAUGAACUCUGGCGCCCUCCAGAAGCAUUAA